UCCACAAAAGGUUCUUGUAUAAAUAGGAGAAGGUGAGAUUUGUCAUAAUCAUCUUAUCAAUACUACUACAAACAAGAAACACAAACAACUUCAACUCCACUUUCACAUUCAAAUAUAAAUAAAUAAGAGAGCAAGCUAGUGUUGUUGACAAAACAAAAGCUUGAAUCUUGAUUCAAAGGAGAGUUUUCAACUGGUAUGGGUUUAUCCUUGUCACUAUUAUCAUCAGCCUGGGAAGUAAUCUUGAAACAUGGUUUUUUAGAUCUACCUUAUGAUCUUGAAAACCUCGAAAAUCGAUUAAGAUCAGAUAGUUUCAAGAAACUCGAAUCAGAACAACCCGAAAUAAGCUCAAGGAGUUUAAGUGAUUUACAAGAUUAUUCUAGUCCUAGUAGUAAAAGAAGGAACUCAAUCUGUUUAAAUACCUGUGAACCCUUAAAGAUAAUGCUUGAAACCACCCUUUCAUUCAAGAACUUAGUUCAAGAUAUAAGAAAGCCCGAACCUGAAAGCACGAAUGUUGAAACGGGCCAUUUGGGCUCAACAAACCUUCUCCCUGAACCCGUUGUGUUCUUUUCGCCCAGGCCCGUUAGUGAGCUCAAUGCUGCAGCUACCACAGUUCAGAAAAUGUACAAGAGUUAUCGAACACGAAGAAAUUUAGCGGACUGUGCUGUUGUUAUUGAGGAACUAUGGUGGAAGGCUUUAGAUUUUGCAGCUUUGGAUAGAAGCUCGGUUUCAUUUUUCAACGUUGAGAAGCACGAAACUGCAGUUUCACGAUGGGCUAGGGCCCGGACUCGAGUUGCUAAGGUUGGAAAAGGGCUGUCAAAGAAUGAAAAGGCUCAAAAGUUAGCUCUGCAACAUUGGCUUGAAGCUAUCGACCCACGACAUCGUUAUGGCCACAACUUGCAUAUGUACUAUGACCUAUGGUUCGAAAGUGAAAGCUGCCAGCCUUUCUUCUACUGGUUGGAUGUUGGAGAUGGCAAAGAAAUAAACCUUGAAAAGUGUCCAAGGCCGCAUCUACAACGUCAAUGCAUCAUAUAUUUAGGACCCAACGAAAGGGAAUCGUAUGAAGUGAUUGUCGAAAAUGGAAAGCUUGUUUUUAGACAGACCGGGUUGCUUUUGGAGACCAUUGAGGGUUCCAAAUGGAUCUUUGUCCUAAGUACCUCGAGGAACUUGUAUGUUGGCCAAAAAAAGAAGGGCCUUUUUCAACAUUCAAGUUUUCUGGCUGGCGGCGCCACCACAGCCGCUGGGCGCCUAGUCGCCCACGGCGGUAUACUAGAGGCUAUAUGGCCAUACAGUGGUCACUAUCUCCCAACUGAAGAGAACUUUAGGGAAUUCAUUUCUUUCUUAGAGGAUAAUCAUGUUGAUCUUACAAAUGUCAAGAGAUGUUCUGUUGAUGAGGAUGAUGUCAGCGUCGGGUUUUCGUUUAAGGUGGCUGAAACUGAACAAGAAACAGGACCCGAAUUAAAGCCAAAACCACUUGUUAUCCCACAUCAAAGACUUGUUGAUAUUAUCCGUACACCUACCCGUGUCACAAGUACAUCCAACGUUGACGCGGGCAGACCUGUUUCAGCCCGUGGACUAGAUAUUGUCAGGGCAAGCCCGGCCAAAUAUGACUUGGCUAGCCGUUUGUCAUGCAAAUGGUCAUCAGGAACCGGACCACGUAUUGGAUGUGUUAGGGAUUACCCGGUCGAGCUACAAUCUCGAGCCCUUGAACAAGUCAACUUAUCUCCUCGGGUCCAUCCAACAAACUUUGCGAAUUACGGGCCAAUCCCAUCACCAAGACCAAGCCCAAAGGUCCGCCUCUCACCACGACUUUCGUACAUGGGACUCCCUAGCCCAAGGACUCCCAUGGCUGCUGCUAGCUAAGUUAAUCGAGUUAGAAAACGCUGAAUCCAUUCGUUUAUUUUAACUCGAAAAUGACCUACAAAAGUUGACUUAUUGGUUCAUUUUUUACUAUAUAGGUGACAUGUAAUAUCCUGUUGUACCCAGUUUUUUUAUCACUGCUUUUUUUGGGCAGUUGGGUUUUUUAAGUCGAUUGUUUAAUUUCUUUGUAAAGAAUAAAAGCAAGUUGAUAUAUAAUAUAAUUGUAAUUGAAUGAAUAAACAAAAGUGGCUUGAUUGA